AUGCUGCUGGCCACAGGUGCUCAUGCACUCCAAAAACACUUGCAAAAGGGGCACAUAAAGGACAUUAAAGAAGAGCAUUCUCAACAAACCCAAAGAAACGUGUGCCAUGUCUCUCUACGACCUGUGCAGUGGAGCAGAUCCGAGCCUCUUGCUCUUGUCUUGGCUGACUGUCUGCUUCGGUGUGUGCUGCAGGAGCCACUAGAGGGCCCCUCUGUGGCCCAUAUUCAGGCUCUCCUCAGCAGUCUGCAGUUAGUUUUUCAAACUCUUGAGGAGGCUGACACUCACCCAGAAGAAACAGUAAAGGAGGUUGAUGCGACUCUCACAGAGAAAGUGGGGCUUAUCUACAGCUAUCUCCAGCAGAGGGUGGUGUUGCUGAGUGAGCUGGUGGAGGCUCAGUCCAGUCUGGAGGCCAAUGUCUGUGACAUGCAGCAGGGUCUGAACAGACUGUGGGCUCAGCUGGAGGAGAUGCACACUGGAGUCACAAUCUCCAAGAAGAGAGAGCGUGAAUGCAGAGAGCUGCCCUCCGCUCAGGCUGAUGUCAAGAUUAUGCUGACGGAGGUGGAUGAGUACAGGAACAAACUCCAGCGCUGCCAGUCACAUCUAAAAGACACCAUUCGAGUGUUGCAGGAGCUGACAUGGAGCCACACUAAUGUGAGUCACUCUGUGAAUAGCAGUAUUGAGUCAGUGUGGCCAGAGAAGCUGCUUCAGUCAAACAUUGAACAGUUUGACAAGUUGCAGGAGGAUUUCUUGAAUGUGGAGCAGCAGACCCUGACCUUCCAGGCCCAUCUGGAGGGGCUGGGCAGAGACAGUGAGGAGAGUGAGACAUCUCUGUCCAUAGCGUCUCUGCCGGACAGUCCUCAGGUCCAGAAUGAGCAUUUGAGUGACACGUCCUCUAUGUCCAUUUCUCCCGCGGAUGUGGACGAGGACAAUGAUGACACUCCACAGUCUCUGUGUGAGCGCACAGCUCGGCCCUUUACCACCACCAUCGGACGACUGCGCUUGUCACGGAGGAGAAAGUAACUAUUGAUUUGGACCAUAUUUAAAACUAGUCU